AUGGCUACCAAUCACAACGCCAACGGCGCCACAUCUACUCCCCUAAUGCCUCCUCCCGCACAUCUUACGACCGCGACCGUUAGCAAGAAGCGGAAAGCUGCCGGCCGUGAGCUUACUCAACGGAGAACAACAGAAGGCGCUACGACGCAAAAGGAAAAGAAGCACUCUACGAAGCGCCAGAAGACAUCUCACCAGGAUGCGGAGAAUGCGUCGGUGAAGGCACGAAAGAAAAUCACGCCCAAGGCUAGCAAAACUACGGCUAGAGAGGAUGUAGACACUACAAUGACGGACGCGCCAGCUCCUAGGGUCUACAAUAUAGCCUCCAAGCUCCAUCCUUCGGCGGGUAGGAAGCGUGUAAAGACAUCCGUAACAAACAACAGCAAUACUAGUACGCACACUCAGUUGAACGUAGUUGGAAGCAAUGCGGCCACUACCUCUACUUCAACUCAUAACGCUGAAAUUCCGACCAAUCCGAAUCUGGUUGCACCCGGCGCAGUCUUUUCCCCUGUUCCUCCUCCGCAGAUGUCACCGUGGCCAUACGACUUCGCGGCGCCCACGCCCACAUACGACCAGAAGAUUCCAUGUCCUAUUGACUGGACAGCCAUCGCAGAUCCUAGGUGUACGGUCGAUGCUAUUAGGGCUUAUGAGCUACGAGAGCCGUGGAACAAAUCGGCUGUAUCGUUCAAAAGCGUCGCAAACGCCAUUUCCUUGAGCGAAGAGGGUGCAAGAAAACGCUUUAAGAAAGCGAACCUGGCCGUGUUUGAGGCAACUGGCGUUUACUUUAAAGAAAACUCACUCGGGCUCAGCAAACAUGGCAUUCCAGAUAGAGCUGAGCUCGAGGAGAUCAUCGCUGGUACAACUCGGCACGAAAAGGAGACCUCGCAGAACGAGGCUGACCUGAAGAGGGCAGCUACUACAAAGUUGUUGUCUUACAAAGGCACGCCAGUCACUGUAGCUAUUCAUCCUCUAGGCCAGAAAGGGGGAAUCUUGCGCCUAGUCACGGAAGAAGUCAUGUCCCAGCUGCGUAUCUCUGAUCGAGAAAUCAUCCGUUGCUCUCCUGCGGCAUUCGACCGGUGGUAUAGCUGUCUGGCGAUGGGUCUUCGCCAUACGUUCCCAAAGCGUGUUUAUCGCUUGGAGCCAUUUCUAAAAGACUACACCCACACAGACUUUGGCACACCGCCAACAACCAUCAGUGACUACUUCGAGACGUACUGGCUCUCGCAACGCAUGGGCACUCCAGCCGUCAGCGAUAUGAUCCUCGAUGAGCUCAUACAGACGUUGCGAGACGAGGAGGAGCUCCUCGCAAAGUAUCGGUCUGGCGAGCUCACGAUGCAAGACAACGUGGACGUUGUGCGUUUCAUGAACUUCGAGCCGCACGACGUCAACCUGCUCUGGAAUAAGACGAAGGCCGACGACCCUAUUCGCGAACUAGUUCUUGACAUCCUUUGGUACAAGGGCCAGGCGGCUGAUGAGAAGGUUGAGGAGGAAGAGGAAGAUUUCGACCCGGCCUUCCUGGCAGCAUGGAUCGGCCGAAAGGCCAACCCCGUGGACUUCAUCAAGGACUUCGUUGAAAGAACGAACCUCGACUACUUCUGCGGCUACUAUCACAACCAUGGUGAAGAUGAGCACUGUUACCGCUCGACACCAGCUUCUUCUUCAGUUGACCAUGAAGAAGUUAACUCUUUUCCAACGAAGGCACCCUCACAUCUUGAAUACCAUACGCCCAACUUGACUCCUCCUGACGCCGAAUUUCAAGGCGAUAGAGAGGAAGAUGCCUAUGAAACGCCUUGGGCGGCAGUCAAAAGGGAUGAUAUUCCUGAGGGAGCACACAAGAUCCGUGAAGACAAGGACACCGGCGAUAUCAUCUUUGAAAUAGAAGACGAGCACUGGUAUCCACCCGCGGACUGGGAGCUAGACGAGCAGCAACAGCCCAACCAGCCGUACCAAGAGUUCCAGGAGUAUAGGUGGUGGCUGUGGGUUGAGAUGGGGGGACGAAUCCCGCGCAUCACUGUGAAGCGGUUUCGCCCUUACGAGCGGAGCUUUGCUGGCUGGCGGGAUCCGCUUCAGGAUGCGCAUCGUCAGCGUUGA